AUGACUAUUAAAGCCAAACUCACAGAUUCACAAGGUGAGACUGAUCAUCAAAAUGAAAGCAGUCUGCUUCAAGCUAGAAAAAUAUUUACCAGCGCCAAAUCAAAUACUGGUUUUGGAGUAUUUCCAACCCAAUUCAAUCGUAUAAGCAUGCAAACUAAUUCAACUGAAUAUGCACAACAAUUACUCAUUGAUCAAGACAAUAGAAGAACAUACAAAUUCCAUCAGAACAUCAAAAACUUUGCCCAAACCCCAACAAACAUGCAAUUGUUGACUAACGUAAGUGAGGAAUUACCUGAGAUUGGUGGCGCUGCGGUUUUGUUGUCAAACAUUUUGUCAGACAGGUGGAGAGCAAAGUACAAACUUGUUCAUAUUGUGAGAACCCAAAAAGAAGCUGAUGAUAAGGCCUUCCAGUGCGGGUAUCAGGAGCAAGAUGACAAUGGAAAAAUCGGAGUUUCUCUCUCCAAGGAUCUGAUGGCGAUCGCCGGUGGUGCUCUGAGGACUAAUAUCAUAACAAUGGAUCCUCUAGUUCUUCCAAUCAGUGAACAACUCAUUUUCUUUGCCACCCUUGUUACAAGAAAACUGUUUGAUUCGAAAAUCAAUCCUUAUAUCCCAGAUUUCAAGCUAGCUUUUGAUCAUUUCUGCAUCCACGCCGGUGGGAGAGCUGUGAUUGAUGAACUGGAGAAGAAUUUGCAGCUCCUCCCACUUCAUGUCGAGGCUUGUCGGAUGACUCUGCAUCGAUUUGGGAACACAAGCUCGAGCUCGGUUUGGUACAAAUUGGCCUACGCCGAGGCGAAAGGGAGGAUGAGAAAGGGUAAUAGUGUUAGCAAAAUAGGAUUUCACCAAAUUAAAAGACACUGUCCUUAA